UCAAUAGGGAAACAUAUCAUGCUGGAUAUUUAUACUGAUAUGGACUGGGCAAUGUGUUAGGAAUGUGUGGAUGCCCCAUCAUUUGCUGGAAAUGUAAAUUUUCAACCUACAGAGGACCGAAUUUAAAGACACCCCAAAAAAAUCAAAGUGAAAUGAUGCAGCAGGCUAGUCCAUUUUGCCGAAAUAUCAUUGCAGCAACUCAGAAUGGCACUCAGUAGUUUGUAUGGCCUCCACGUGCUUGUAUGCAUGCUUGACAAUGUCGGGGCAUGCUCCUAAUGAGACAACGGAUGAUGUGCUGGGGUAUUUCCUCUCAGAUCUGGACCAGGGCAU